UACUUUGAUUUGCUUUUGCGUAUUCACUGAAAAUGAAUGUGUUUUGAUUGAACAGUUGUCAUUUUUGCUAACUCGUGAAGUACACAGUAUAAUAGUAUCACCUUUUUGUAAUUACAAGAAUUAAAGACUUGAACUUGUGAUAUGGAGGUGCCGAGCUAUCGUGUGCUAGUACUGGGUGAGAGUGGAGUGGGCAAGAGCAGCCUCGUACAGCGAUACGUGUUUGACCAGUUCUCUGAGCAAGGACCACCACCAUCAGGCAGAGAGGAAGAGAGGAAGACUGUGAUAUUCAAGAAUGGACGACACGUGGAGCUCAGGAUCUGUGACACACAGGGUCAGGAAAGAGCUGAUUUGCUGACUAAGACAUUUUACAAGGACACUGAUGCAAUUCUCUUUGUGUAUGACAUCACUAACUCUCGUACAUUGUGGGACUCAGACGUGUGGAUCAAAGAUUGGACUAUUCAUAUCGAGAAUAUUCAGUCUAUUCCAAUAUUGUUUGUGGGAAAUAAGUCCGAUGUGCCACGCCCACAAACCCAUCACCUUGACGAUAACGAACCCACCAAUCAGGAGCCUGAACUUGACGAGCGUGGAGACAGUGGUGACGAAGGAGAUAAAGAUUUUGUUGUUCCAGGGGCCGUCAAAACACUUGUAAAACGUCAUCAUUUUGUGGGUACCCCCCUCGAGUGUAGCGCUCGUACAGGGGGCGGUGUGCGGGCGGUGUUUGAGACAAUAGCUGCCGAGGUUGCCAUGGUGAGGCAGCCAAACAAGCGGAGCUGUGUCUGCCUCUAAAACUGUUAUAUCAGUGAACUUUGUACUUACGUGUGUGUGUGUGUGUUUGUUGAUUUAUGAUUCAUUGUCUUUCAUUAUUACAUUAGAAUAUGAAAUGUGUACAAUAA